AUGCCUGUCAAGGAAACGCACACAAUGAUGAAGGAUUACGAUCCAACUACUGGCAACAAGAUGAUCAACAAGUAUAUGGUCGUUCGAGAGCUCGGCAGAGGCGUCCACGGCAAGGUGAAGCUUUGUCGCGACACAGUGACAGAUGAACUUUGUGCCAUCAAGAUUGUGGAUAAAACCACUCGGAGGCGUCUUGGGCGAGCUCAGAUCUCGAACGAGCAAAAAAUUCGGCGUGAGAUUGCCAUUAUGAAAAAAUGCAUACAUCCGAACGUUGUCCGAUUAAUUGAGGUCAUCGAUGACCCCAAUGCUCGAAAGAUUUAUCUAGUUCUAGAAUACAUGGAGGGCGGCGAGGUUCGCUGGAAGGACUCGGAUGACAGACCUAUUCUGCUUUUGGGGGAUGCUCGCGCAAUCUUUCGUGAUGUGGUCCUAGGUUUGGAAUACCUUCACAUGCAGGGCAUCAUUCACAGAGAUAUCAAGCCGGCCAACCUGCUUUUAUCGGGAGACGGGACUGUAAAAAUUUCGGAUUUUGGAGUAUCCCACUUCAGCGAGAAGAACGCGCUGGAGCACGACCUGGAGAACACACCACCAUGGGGUGACGAUCUGGAGCUGGCCAAGACCGCUGGAAGCCCAGCGUUCUUCGCACCGGAGCUUUGCUAUGCGAGUAACACCGGUCAAGGAUAUGCGUCGCGACCACCUAUUACCAAGGCGAUCGACAUCUGGGCGCUUGGCGUGACUUUAUACUGCUUUGUUUACGGUCGCUGCCCGUUUAUCGCUGAGACAGAGUUCGAGUUGUUUAAUAUCAUACCCAGAAAGCAGCCGAGCUAUCCUGAUUUCGUCCCUGGGCGCGAGUUUGUCAGCCCAUCGUUGAAGGACCUUUUGUCAAGGUUGCUCGAAAAGGAUGUGUCCAGGCGGAUAACGCUGAAAGAGGUCAAAGAACAUCCAUGGGUAAUCGAGGACAUGCUGGACCCUGAACUAUGGAGAAUCGAAACGGAUCCCGGCAAUUAUCAACGUGUACACGUCACGGACGAGGAUCUCAAGGGCGCUGUCACUAUCAUGGAGAAGAUUAAGACCCGCAUUCGUAGGCUAUCAGUCUCCCUCACCAACUUCACCCUUAAUCGGAGGAGGAGGAGUAAAUCAAUCAGUUCAACACAUACUCCAGGUAUCGAUUUUGGUACACAUGAGCGUUAUGAUUCUAGGUAA